AUGUUGGCUGAAAUAGUCCUCCAGGAAGAAGCUGAUACACAAGUGUAUGGUAGAAGUGCACAUUCUUCAUCACAGAGAGGAAGGCUGAGGUACAACAUAUCAGCUGCUCUAUUGAUUCACAUGCGGGACUUAGGAUUUAGCUGGAUGGCCAUAUCACGAAUGUUGUCUGUAAACAUUCGAACACUGUACAACCACAGGAGACAACUUGGUUUAGUGGACUAUGGGACUUUCACAAACAUUUCAAAUGAUGAUCUAGAUCGUCAUAUUACUGAGGUUCUUCAACAAACCCCUGGAUCAGGAGAGACAUACAUCACUGGUAGUUUGAGGGGAAGAGGGAUCAGAGUUCCGCGAUGGCGAGUGCGAGAGCGUUUAAGAAUCAUAGAUCCAGUGGGAAGAGUCUUAAGAGGACGAAGGGCUAUUCAACGGAGGGUCUACAAUGUCUCUGUCCCAAAUCAAUUGUGGCAUAUUGACACAAACCACAAGUUAAAUCCAUGGGGAUUCGUGUUUCACGGUGGAGUUGAUGGCUAUAGCCGCUGUAUUACCUACCUGAGAUGUUGCACGGACAACAGAGCAUCAACUGCCUUGCAACUUUUCCAAAAUGCAGUGGAUCUGUUUGGACUCCCACAACAUGUCAGGGGUGAUGCAGGUAGUGAGAAUAUUGAUGUUGCAAGGUUUAUGAUUGAGAAUCGAGGGGCAAACAGAGGAAGCUUUAUGGUUGGUUGUAGUGUUCAUAAUCAACGCAUCGAAAGAUUGUGGGCAGAACUUAACAGGGUGGUGUCAGCUUAUUUUAAAGAUCUUUUCCUUUUCAUGGAAAAUGUUGGCAUUUUAGAUAGCAACAACCCACUUCACAUUACGGCCCUUCAUCAUGUUUACCUUCCAAGAAUAAACAGAUCUGUUGAUGAGUUUAUAAGCCAGUGGAACCACCAUAGUUUAAGGACAAUGGAAAGCCACUCCCCACUGCAACUUUGGACUGCUGGAAUGCUCCAACUUCCUGAAAAUCAAGGACCACUCAAUAUUGCGCAUGUGCAAAGACCUUAUGAUCAUCGCCGGUGUCAUCCUGAGUUAAUCACAGUAAAUCCCUUGACUGACGAUGGAAAUCAUGGAAUAGAACUUUUUGUCGCAGCAUGUAACUUGCUUGAAAUAAAUACUUAG